GAAACUGGCAUUUCAAAACCUCUGAGGUUGUCUGUCCUGGGGGAUGGCAGCAGGGAACACCAGUCUGAUUUCUUCCCUCUGAUUCUGGAUUUUAACCUUUUUCUCUCUGAUUUAGGCGCAGACUUAAAGGAACGUGAAAAGAUGGAUGACGCAGAAGUUGGGCUCUUUGUUAAAAGGCUGAGAAAUCUGAUGGAUGAAAUAGCUGCACUUCCUGUACCCACGAUUGCUGCAAUAGAUGGCUAUGCUUUGGGUGGUGGAUUGGAACUAGCGUUGGCUUGUGACCUUCGAGUAGCAGCUUCAUCAGCUAAAAUGGGCCUUAUUGAAACCACUAGAGGCCUUCUUCCUGGAGCAGGUGGAACCCAGCGUUUGCCCAGAUGUAUUGGAGUAGCUCUUGCAAAAGAGCUCAUUUUCACGGGUAGACAGAUCGAUGGACAACAGGCCUUCUCGAUGGGAUUAGUAAAUCACACAGUGCCACAGAAUGAUGAGGGUGAUGCAGCUUACCAGAGAGCGUUAACUUUGGCUAAAGAAAUCCUUCCUCAGGUCAGUGUAUUAUUCCCAGGGUCAAUGAAGGUGUUGCUGCUUCCCUUAAGAGAAAAGAAAGAAUUAACUCUGAAAUGCCUUUCCAUAAAAUACUAA